AUGUCCGGCCUCGAAAUGUUCUGGGGUGGUGCGCCCAAACCCCUGAAUGAAGAUAUUGACACCCGAGGCGAGUUCGAACUCACUCGCGAUGUCGAUAAUGAAGGAGAAUCUGAGCCAGAAUCGCUCCGCGUACCAGGCGGCGUCGCUGCCAUCGCGAAGAAAAUCACCGCCGACUACGACUCCGAUGAUGGCCGAAUCAUCGAGCUCAAACAACAAAGCUACAGUGAUGAGUACGUCGCGGGGAAGCUGCAACAAGAAGGUAGGGUGCGAUACGUAGGCAAGACCAUAGGCAGCCGGUGGAACCGGCUGCGCAAGGUGUUGGAAGAUAGGAAUGACGAGCUACUCGACGAUGAACUCAGCGACUGGCACGUUGGAGAGGACGAAAUGGUCACCAAAAUUAAAGCCGAGGUGGAUAAGAAGUACGAGUCAACCUACAAGCAGCUUCAAGAAAAGAAGUGGAAGGAAGUGUCGAUCUACCUCGCCGACAAAAUUGGCAAGCGCAAAUACACCGCAAAAGCCUGCGAAGAGCGUUUCGAGGCGAUCAAAGCCGGCACCGCGCUUCUCCCAAUCGAGCUCGAUGACGAUCAAGCUGGACGUCGCCAGAUGCGAGAGCAGCGCAUUGCCAAAGCCAAAGCAGAUCGCGCCGCUAACGAGGAAGCCGUUCGAAUGGCCGCAGAGCUGAAGAAGGCGAAGCAAGACGCUUGCAAGAGAGCCAAAGAAGAACGUCAAGCGAAGCGUGACGAAGAAACCGCGCGAAAGAACCAGGAACUCCGCGAGCGGAAUCGAAUCAAGCGCGAGCGCGGAAUUAUUCGUCAAAAGUUGAAGGACGCGCGUGUCAUUCGACUUGCGGAGAUGCGUGCUCAGCGUGACUGGCAGAUGGAGAAGUGGCGUGGCGAGAAGACGCUUUACAAGAACUUCACGGGCAAGAAUAUGCCAG